GAACUAGAAAGUCCAAGAAAAGAGAUGGAGAUGCUACCUAGGCACAAGUCCAUCUGCCACUGCUCUGAUAGACCUGUCUCUGGGUCCUGACAGUGCCUUCACACUCAUCUCUGCCUUGAUAUCCAACAGGUUUUUAAAUUCUCAAAUUGGAUCAUGAUGAUGAUCAGUUGAGCAGAAGAUGGGAAGAAGUAGUCAAGUUCUGCUUGAUAUUGAUGAGUUAGCAAAUACCAUAAGAGAAAAGUUGGAAAUCUUGCAUCCUUUAUCUGAUGAGUGCUGUAUCUACAGAGUACCUGACCGACUACGCCAAUUAAAUCACAAGGCCUAUACGCCUCGAGUACUCUCUAUUGGCCCUCUCCACCAUGGCGGAAAAGAGCUACAAGCAAUGGAAGAGCAUAAGAACAGGUACCUGCAGGAUUUCCUUCGUUUGAGCGGGGUAAGCCUGGAGGAUUGCAUUCAAAUUUUUCAGCAAUGUGAGAUAAGAUUGCGCAAUUGUUAUGCAGAAACCAUCCAACUUAGCAGUAAUGAUUUUGUGAAGAUGAUGUUGCUAGAUGCCAGCUUCAUCAUCAUGCUCUUUCUAAAGCAUUGUUUUGGAGACUUGAGGAAUAGGAUUAGGAAUGAUCGAAUAUACAACAAACCAUGGUUGAUUCUUGAUAUAAGAUUCGACUUAAUUUUGCUUGAAAAUCAGAUUCCUUUCUUCAUUCUUGAAGACCUGUUUAUGCUGUCUAAUAUACCUACGCGUCUGGAGGGAGUUUCUAUUGUAAAGCUUGUCUACGAAUUCUUCAGAGACGGAUGGGAUUCAUGGGUGAAGGCGGACGUUUUGGAGAGACACAGUUCUUUCAAAAUAGAGCAUAUUCUUGAUUUUCUGAGAAUCUGUCAGCAGCCAUCAGAGUUGCAGCCUCAUAAGGAGCUGAGAAUGCUAGUGGUGCCGAGCACAACAGAGCUCUACCAAGCUGGAGUCAAAUUUCAGUUGAGUUCAAGCAAGAACGUACUUGACAUAAAAUUCAAGAAUGGAAUUUUGGAAAUCCCACGAUUUCGAAUAGUGGAUCAAACAGAAAUUUUACUGCGAAAUCUCCAAGCUUUCGAGCAAUGCCAUUGCUUGGACAAUUAUGUAGGUGACUAUAUUGCCAUGAUGGCUAUGCUUGUGAAUUCUGCCAAUGAUGUGGAAUUACUAUCUCAAAAUGGGAUCAUAGAAAAUUGGCUACGGAGUAAUGAAGCCUUAGCAGCUCUUUUCCGCGAAGUUGAAAAAGAGAAUAUUGUCUUCCCUGAUAGAUACUGCUUCUCUGCUGUGAUUGAAGAUCUGAAUGUGCACUGCAGAGCCCCUUGGCAUAAAUGGAAGGCAAACUUGAAACAAAAUUAUUUCAAUACUCCAUGGGUUGGCAUCUCUGUUGUUGCAGCUGCUAUUCUCCUCUUUCUUACUGUUAUACAGACUGUGUGUUCUCUACUGCAAGUUUAGGUUCUGCAUUUUGUUCUGUAAUUUUUUUAGGCAAAAUUUCCCCUUCUGUGCAACUUUUUCUUCUAUUGAUGAUUUGCAAACAUAUUUUCG